UAUUUUUAAUGAUGGCUGGUGGAAAGUGGCUUCACAAAGGAGCACUUUUAUUAAGUAAAAUUUAUAAUUCGGAUGUAAUAAGCUUAUAUAUCGGGAACAACUUAGCUUAUGUUGUUCAUUGUCCUGAAGGAGUAAAAGAAAUACUUAACAAUAGUGCUUAUGAUGGUAGAACGGACUUGUUUGUUAUUCGUAUGAGGGAUCCUAAUCAUAAUAAGAAGGGUAAGUUGUUUAAAAUUUGUUUUAUGUUUCAAACUUUUGUUUUAGGUAUUUUCUUCCAAGACGGGCCCAUUUGGAAAGAACAGCGUCGCUUUAUUCUUCGCCACCUACGUGAUUAUGGAUUUGGUCGACGCUUUCAAGAACUAGAACUAGUUAUUAAUGAAGAAAUCAAAGAUCUCAUUGAUUUAAUCAAAAAUGGUCCCAAAUUUGAUCAUGAAAAAGAAGUCGUGAGAGAUGGAAAAAUUUUACUGCCUUUAAUUUUGUCUGCUUCGAAUGCAAAUAGCAUAUUAUAUGUGAUGUUCAAUGAAUGCAUUCCACGUGCAGGGCAAAAAUGUCUGUUUGAACUUGGAAAAAAUGGACUGACAACCCAAAGAAACAACGAUGAUUACGGAAAAUUACUCAGUAUUAUACCAUGGAUUCGCUAUUUUUUCCCCGAAAUGAGUUCAUAUCGACAAAUUUUUGAAUCAAAUAAAUUUAUUUAUGGAUUUUUUAAAAAUUUAAUUGAUAAAUAUAUGAAAACAUACGAAAAAGGUGUGGAAAGAAAUUUUGUUGAUGUGUAUUUUGAACAAAUGCACAAAAAACAAAUGGAGGGAAAUCUUCAGGCGUCUUUUUUAUAUGAUCAGCUUGUGAUUAGUUUAAUUGAUUUCUCAAUUCCUGCAUUCACUGGAAUUAGUGCUCAAUUAUCAUUAAUUUUUCAAUGGAUACUAUUAAGACCGGAUGUUUUGAAAAAAGUUCAAAUGGAAAUUGACGAAUAUGUGGGGUGUGGAAGACUGCCAUGUCUAGAUGAUCGUCACAAGCUUAACUACACUGAAGCAACUAUUCGAGAGGGACUACGAAUGGAAACAUUGUUGCCAUCUGAUGUUCCCCAUGUAGCCCUGGAAGAUACCGAAUUUUUUGGAUACCAAAUACAAAAAGGUACUAUUAUGAUUCCAAGCCUUUAUGCAUAUAACUCUGACACGAGGGUUUGGACUGAUCCUGAAAAUUUUAGACCAGAACGAUUUUUAGACAAAAAUGGAAAAUUAUGUUUAAAAUCUGAUGUUUCCUUGCCUUUUGGUGCAGGAAAACGAAUGUGUGCUGGUGAAACAUUUGCUAGAAAUAUGCUUUUUCUCCUGUUUGCUUCACUCUGUCAGAACUUUAAUAUCAAACUUUCACCAAAAGAAUCACCGCCAGAUCUGUCAAAAAACAACAGUGGAUUUAUUAUAACACCACCUGAUUUUUGGCUAACGAUGGAACCCAGAUAGCGUUACCUAUGCUAUCUUAUAACUUUUGACAAAUGUUAAAGAAAAUUAGUACAAAUACUGUAUUAAUAAACUAU